AUGGAUAUGCACUGCAAAGCAGACCCCUUCUCCGCGAUGCACCCAGGGCACGGGGGUGUGAACCAGCUCGGGGGGGUGUUUGUGAACGGCAGGCCCCUGCCCGACGUGGUGAGGCAGCGCAUCGUGGAGCUGGCCCAUCAGGGCGUGCGGCCCUGCGACAUCUCCCGGCAGCUGCGGGUCAGCCACGGCUGUGUCAGCAAAAUCCUGGGCAGGUACUACGAGACCGGCAGCAUCAAGCCCGGAGUGAUCGGUGGCUCCAAGCCCAAAGUGGCAACGCCCAAAGUUGUGGACAAGAUUGCUGAAUACAAGCGACAGAACCCGACCAUGUUCGCCUGGGAGAUCCGGGACCGGCUCCUGGCAGAGGGCAUCUGUGACAAUGACACAGUGCCCAGCGUUUCUUCCAUCAACAGGAUCAUCCGGACCAAAGUUCAGCAGCCGUUCCACCCAACGCCAGAUGGAGCCGGGACUGGAGUGACUGCCCCUGGCCACACCAUUGUUCCCAGUACGGCCUCCCCUCCUGUUUCCAGCGCCUCCAAUGAUCCAGUGGGAUCCUACUCCAUCAAUGGGAUCCUGGGGAUCCCUCGCUCCAAUGGCGAGAAGAGGAAACGUGAUGAAGUCGAGGUAUACACUGAUCCUGCCCACAUUAGAGGAGGUGGAGGUUUGCAUCUGGUCUGGACUUUAAGAGAUGUGUCCGAGGGCUCCGUCCCCAAUGGAGAUUCCCAGAGUGGCGUGGACAGUUUGCGGAAGCACUUGCGAGCUGACACCUUCACCCAGCAGCAGCUGGAAGCUUUGGAUCGGGUCUUUGAGCGUCCUUCCUACCCUGACGUCUUCCAGGCAUCAGAGCACAUCAAAUCAGAGCAGGGGAAUGAGUACUCCCUCCCAGCCCUGACCCCUGGGCUUGAUGAAGUCAAGUCGAGUCUAUCUGCAUCCACCAACCCUGAGCUGGGCAGCAACGUGUCAGGCACACAGACAUACCCCGUCGUGACUGGUCGUGACAUGGCGAGCACCACUCUGCCUGGUUACCCCCCUCACGUGCCCCCCACUGGCCAGGGAAGCUACCCCACCUCCACCCUGGCAGGAAUGGUGCCUGGGAGCGAGUUCUCCGGCAACCCGUACAGCCACCCCCAGUACACGGCCUACAACGAGGCUUGGAGAUUCAGCAACCCCGCCUUACUAAUGCCGCCCCCCGGGGCUCCGCCCCUGCCGCUGCUGCCGCUGCCUAUGACCGCCACUAGUUACCGCGGGGACCACAUCAAGCUUCAGGCCGACAGCUUUGGCCUCCACAUCGUCCCCGUCUGA